GCCCUCGCGCCCGUCGGCUGUAAACAAACAGGGCGGCGAGUGAUGGCGGCGGCCGCGGGGGGCCCUGAGGUGUCCUGAGCGUCGGCUGUCUGUCCGCUGGGGCUGCGGACGGGCGGGCGGCUCUGCCGGGCUCGGGCUGCGGCGCGGCGGACUCGUGGCGGCACACAUGGAUGACAGCAAGGUGGUUGGAGGCAAGGUAAAGAAACCAGGCAAACGAGGUCGUAAACCGGCCAAAAUAGAUCUGAAGGCAAAACUUGAAAGAAGUCGUCAGAGUGCAAGAGAGUGCAGGGCCAGGAAGAAGCUGAGGUACCAGUACCUGGAGGAACUGGUUUCAAGCAGAGAGCGAGCCAUCUGCGCUCUCAGAGAAGAGCUUGAAAUGUACAAGCAGUGGUGCAUGGCAAUGGACCAAGGGAAAAUCCCCUCUGAAAUAAAAGCCCUGCUAACUGGAGAGGAGCAAGGCAAAGCACAGCAGAACUCAACCAAACUUGCUAAGGCUGGGAAGACGGAAGCAAACAGCAGCAAUCCCUGGUGAAGAUUAAUCUACAUCAAUAAUGAAUCUAGUUUUUCCUGGAAUCCCAUGAAGAGGUGGAGAAGAUUUGGGAUCGUAGUUCCAGUUCCUACUGUCCAAGAAAUUGUAAUCUCUCUAAUUACCUAUAAAAUUACUGUCAAUAUAAGAACCAAAUGUUUGAGACUAAUCUCAAAAUGCAGAGAAAUCAGAGGCAAAGCUGAAAUAAGAACUCUAGUCCUCUUCAUGAGUUGCAGCAUGAGUGACAGCUGAUGUAGAAAUCCCUGUUGCAGGCAAGCAAGGCAAAAUACCAGUCAGUGAGUUACUGCUGUUAGUGCCAUUGAGCAUUAAUUUCUCUGUUAAUAACUGAGUUUCUUAUAUGACUCUGUUGUGAAUUUGUGAGAGAAAACAAACUUCUAAUCCACAGUAAAAUCUGAGGUAUCACAUACAGAAUAGCACAUCGGGGAACUAAAAUUCAGCUGAUGCUGUAUUUAUAGAAAGUAAAGAUUUGUGUGUGUAGAUAUAUUGUGGCCUUCCAGUACCUGAAGGGAGCCUACAAGAAAGAUAGAGAAAGGCUAUUUACAAAGGCCUGUGGUGGCAAGACAAGAGGGAAUGGCUUCAAACAGACAGAGGGUAGGUUUAGAUUAGAUAUUAGGAAAAAAUUCUUUACUGUAAAGGUGACGAGGCACUGGCACAGGUUGUCAGAGAAGUUGUGGAUGCCCCAUCCCUGGAUGUGUUCAAGACCAGGUUGGGUGGGGCUCUGAGCAAUAUUUAAAUUGCAACUAGAAAAUGCUGUCAUUGUUCAGCUAAUGAUUUUCGUCAGGAGUUCAUUAUAAAAAAAAGAACCUAAACAACUGAUUUUCAGUUUCUUUUUUUCCUCCGUAAAAAGCACUUGGAAGGCAGAAUUUUGCUUUUAUAAAAAGUAGAGGAUUAACUCUGCUUUUUGGGUGUCUGCAUUAACUGACAACUGGCUUAAUCAAUGCUAGUAACAUUGAUUGCUGCUUCAAGCAAUUCUUGUGUAUGAUCUCUAUAUGUUUGGGUGGGUAUUGGUGACAUUCUUAACUAUGCUGCAGCUGAUAGGUGUUCUGUUGAUGAAAUAAAUUUGUGAAUAAAAGACUACAAGUGGGUUAUAAAAUGCAUUUUCAUGAGACUGUAUUCAGUGUGAAUAGAAACAGCUUGCCAUGAGGCGUGACUUGUUUCCAUGCCUUCUUUCUCAUGGCAAUGUAGAAAAUACAUUUUGAUCAAGUUUUACGGUGCUGGCGACAGCAAUGCUCCAUGUUCUUGUGGUACAGCAUACCAGCAGUGGCCUCCAACUUCACCAUCUCCUUAUGUGGUAUGCUGUGAAUGCCUGCUGAUGUAAGAACAAUUCUUUCCUACUCCAUAUCAAACACAGAUCUGGCCGUGUUGCUAGGUCAGUGUUUUCUGUUUUGCAUUUCUGGGCUUUUUCUUUCCUCUCCCCUUUGAAAUCCGCUUUGCAGUAUGCAUUCCCUUUUUCCUACAGGAAAAGGGUAUUCUGUGAAUCUCCUUUCUUCCCCAAGUGGCCUGGCAGCUAUUUUCAAAAGCUGCCAGGGGUUCCUUUUCCAGAGGACUAUAUAAAAACAUGAGUUACUCUGCUGUUUCUGCCUCUGCACACGCUCUGUACCACACCCACCAACUCAUACUGAGUACCCUUUCUACAUUUCAAGCUCUCAGUAACAUCAGUGUAAAUACCCCUUCUGCACUCCAAACUCUUAAUAAUAUCAUCAUCCUCUGUAGCUCAGGACCCUCUUGUUUCUCAGCCGAGCGCAAGCAGAGCUGGUAUCAGCUCCCCCCAGAGUGUUUUUUGCUUGCUCAAGCAUUUUUCUGAUAAGCUGUAUGAUCAGGAAGAAGGCAGCAGCAUUAGCAGACAGUAGUGAUGUUGUUCAGUUGUAGAUGCUGGGCGUGUCCUCCCAGCAUGUAGAUGCUGGGAAACAGUUCUACUCCUCCCAGAGUGGUAAGUCGUCUUUAACUUGAAACACUGGGAUUUAGAUGACUCUGUUACUUGUAUUUGUAAAAUUCUAGGUUGCCCGGCAUUUUCAGCAGUGACAGUGCUUUCAAACAAAGGGAGUUUAGCUUAGGUUUACACACUUGAAACAGCCUAUGGAAUUAGGGGUGGGGAUUAAUUUUAAAAAUUUUGGCCCAAAGUGAUUUUAUCUCAUGAACAUCACUGAGAAAAGGUUUCAUCAAAGUAAAUACAAUAACAGUGUUGGUUUUCCAUUUAAAUCUGGGGUCCUGUCUGCGAUCUUGGAUAGCAAAAGGGGAAGGAGGUUUGCCUGGCUUUCUGAUCAGCUGCUGACUCUUGUGACAAGUAUUUGUGUAAACCUUCUCAAGGUGAUGCCUCGGUCAGGGAUGUAUCAGUGUGAACACUCACUUCAGCAAGGUGUGUUUCUCAUUACUUUAUUCUUAGGGUUUCCUGCCUUCUGAAAUAAAAUAGUAAUUUUUUAUUAGUAGUAACCAAUGGAACCGAAGAGGAUUGCUCUGGGUAUUUGAGAAACAGCCAAUUAACUACUUCCAUUUUUUGAAUUUACGUAAUGUUUUUUUUUCAGAAGCCACUUAAUGUUGUCAUCAUUUCAAUCCAAUGCCACAUUGUAAUGGAGCUGAUAUUGUCUACAUGUGCUGACAGAUAAAGAAGGCUGACUGACAGCGAAAGAACAAUUAUAAAGGUUAUCUGUUUUAAUCCCUCCGCCAGGGACUACUUGUGAAAUGAGCACAGUUGCAGUUCUGUGAAUGUAUUAAUAAAAGAAUGUAGGCAGAAUGAUGAAUGGCCUCUUGUGAUUGCUUGCAUUCACCUUGCAUUUUUUUUCUGAAUCAUGUUCUUUGUAUGAAAUAAGGCAUAGAAACAAAAUAAAUGUGCCUGUUAUUAACACAGCUUUGUCUUAGUCUGUCAGAAAUACUACUACCAACUGUGACUUUAUCACCUGUUAACAUGGAUUAAAAUGAUUGUCUUUAUUACUGUAAAA